AUGGAUAUGAAUGUGCCAUCAGACAGCCUUGUCAGAUCAGGGCAGCCACUAUCCCUAACAUCUCAGGUAAAACACGGACAAAAGGAAAACUACAAUCCCGAUUUUUGGCACUUGAAGUUCCGAGCAUACAAACCACUGGAAGAGUCUGACCCAGUCCAGGACCUGAGGAAGAUCUCUGACUUAUGCCAUCAGUGGCUCAGGCCGGACCUGAACAGCAAGGAGGAGAUCCUGGAUCAGCUGGUGUUGGAGAAGUACCUAAUCUGCAUGCCACUAGAUUUGCAGGCCUUAGUGAAGGAGAGCGGAGUGAAGAGCUGCAAAGACCUGGAAGAGAUGCUGAGGGAAGGGAGAUCCCACAAGUGGUCCAUAAUCGACUACCAAGGACAGGCAUGCCUCCUUCGGGAUCCCAGUGUUGGGAAGGAUGAAGCCCCAGAGGAGACAUGGGAUCCUAUUGAUUUGUCCCAAGAGCACCUAUCAAGUAGGACGACGGAGUCUCUCAACAGAGGCCAGGCCAGCCUGAAGCAGCAGAGCCCAGAGCUGCAGAACCUCUCAGAAAUGGAAGAGCCAUCCACCAGCCAGGUAGAGGACACUUUGGGAGUAAUUCCUGAGAGGAGACAGCCAGCCUACCUGAGACCUGAGCAGAGCCUGGGGAGUGACUCAGUUUCUGACUGGGAAGAGGUGGAGACAUCUGCCUUUGUUUGUCAGGACACUCAUUCCUCACUGGGUCCUGGUGAGUUGGGAGUAAAGGGUGCCAUGUUGCCCCAAGAAGACACCACUGAGGAUGCUGUGCCAUCAUUGACCCAUAUUCUAGAAAGAGAAUUAGACUUGAAAAGAGAUCUUCAGAGUCUUCAUGGUUUCAAAAUACCCACUUCCCAAGGAGUGCUCUCCUAUAUUGGCAAAACAGAAGAUGGGAUACAGCCUGCUUCCCUACAGCAUGUAGAAGAAGUUAACAUUGUUACUGGCCAGGCUCGGUUUCAGUGUACUGAACACAAGAAGAGGUUUCUUUACAGGUCUCAGUUUGACCUCCACAAGAGGUCAUACACAGCAGAGAGACGGUUCAAGUGCAAUUUGUACAAGUCCUUUGCACAGUCCUCAGCCCUGAGAGUCCUCCAGCGUGUCCACACCGGGGAGAAGCCUUAUGCCUGUGCAGUCUGUGGAAAGAAGUUUGCCCACUGUUUCACCCUGCAGGGCCACAGAUGGGUUCAAACAAAUGAGAAGCCUUAUGUGUGUAAGCAUUGUGGGGAAUGCAUAGGCCACAAGGACAACCUCACUGUCCAUUUCCGCAUCCAUCUCAACUUGAAACCCAAAACUCGAUAAGAAGUGUGACAAGCAUUUCCGACAGCAGGGGACUUUGAAGGGACACAUG